AUGCGGCAUAAGUACAACUUUGAAAUUUACACAGGCAAAAUUCUGCCUCAGCAAGGUUUUCCCGACAUCGGUGCAAGUGGCAACAUCGUCCUGCGAAUGGCGAGUAUCGUGCCCCGCGGUCUAGACUACAUCUUGUAUUUUGACAACUGGUUUUGCGGCGUGGACUUACAAGUAGUCCUCAAGAAGGUUGGAAUCAGUUCCGUAGGGACAGUACGCGAGGCUCGCCUAAAAGGAUGCAAACUUCCAUCCGACAAAGAUCUGAAGAAGAAAGGGCGUGGCUCUUACGUGGAAAUGGCGACCACGUUUGAAGGGGUGAGCCUGAGGGCUGUCAAGUGGUUUGACAACCGCCCCGUGACUUUACUGUCUACGUUUGCUUCAGCGUCACCCGAGCAGGCCGUGAAACGCAUCGACAAGAAGACCCGAACGACUGUGAGCAUACCCCGCCCUGCUGUUGUCGGCAUCUACAAUGAAUGCAUGGGAGGUGUUGAUCUUUUGGACAUGCUUGUGGCACUCUACCGCAUCCAAGUAAGGUCAAAAAAGUGGUACAGGAGGCUCUUUUUUCAUUUAUUGGAUGUAGUAGUUGUCAACUGCUGGCUCCUCUACCGCCGAGAUGCCACCGCGGCUAACGUGCCUUGCAAGCACCAAAUGACCCUGCUAACAUUCAAAGCAGACAUUGCCUGCGCGCUGAGGCAACAGGGAAAGGUAUCAACCCCUUCGAGGAAGCGACCAUUGGGCCCAUCAAAGGUCGAGAAUGAAUUGCAGGUGAAGAAGCGGCGCGGGCCAUCAGCUCCUGUUCCAUGCAAGGAGAUAAGGCUCGACACUAUCGACCAUCUUCCGAUGUUUUCUGCAAAAAAAGGCCGUUGUAAAUACCCAAACUGCACAGGAAUCACGCGAGUCAUGUGCAGGAAGUGCAACGUACACCUUUGUUUCACUCCAGGGAAGGAGUGCAUGCACAAAUUCCACACUAACCCGUAA